AUGGGCAUGCUGCCCGUGAGGGAGUUCGACCCGGCGGCCUGGGCAGCUUUGCAGGUUGGGGAGCGCAUGGUGGCCUACGUGCACCACAAGCUGAAGCACACAGGCAAGAUCAACAUGAGCACGCGGCCCUCCCCGAAGCCUCGAGAGCGCUGGGACGCGAUCGUCUGCGACGGGCAGACGCCUUACGCGGGCAUCGUGACAUCCACGAGCUGGCACGGAGUCUUCGUCGACGUAGGAUGCGAGUGCCACGCGAUCCUGCCGAUCCCCAACGCCUCCCCAGAGGCCAGGUCCCGGCUCGAGGCACUCAAGGUCGGCGACGCGGUAACCGUAUACGUCGUGCAGAAGCGCAAGGAGAAUUGGAAGGUGACCCUCUCGCUGGACCCCUGCGAGGAGCCCCUCCGCAGCUGCGAGGUCCUCUGCGCCGACGGCCAGACCGCCUACCCGGGCACGGUGACGGCGCAGACGGACCUCGGCGCGUGGGUGGACAUCGGCUGCGAGAGGCCAGGCCUGGUGUCGCGGCAGUACCGCGCCCUGCCUGGCACGUGCGCAGAGAGGCUGGACGAGUUGCAGGUCGGCGAGCGCGUCGAGACCUACGUGUACCUGCGCAACCCCGCCAACGGCCGGCUCAUUCUCGCGCUCGAGCCUAGCCCUACUCCCCGCCUGCAGCUGGGCCAGGUGCUCGGGGAUCGGCAGGGCCAGUACACCGGCUGCGUCUACCGGGUCAAGUACGACUGGGCCUUCCUCGACUUCGGCUGCGAGGCGAGCGGCAUGCUGGCCCGGCCGGGCAGCGGCGCGUGGCCCGCGGUGGGGCAGGAGCUGCCGGUGUGCCCCGUCGGCCUGGACGAGGAGACGGGCUGCGUGGUGAUGGAGCGCGCGCGGCCGUCGCCGCCGCCGCGCGCGGCGCCGAGCGAGGCGGCGUAG